AUGAGGAGGGGCUCCAAACCCAGCCCAGGGUGCACUGAGGAGGAAAGACCCUCCCUGAGCCAGGAAGGUGGACAGAGCUUCAGCCAGAGUUCCGAGCUGGUGGCCCGCGAGCAGCUUCAUGAUGGGGAGAAACCCCACAAAUGCUUGGAGUGUGGGAAGAGCUUCAGGCAGAGCAGCACCCUGCUCUGCCACCAGAUGAUCCACACUGGGGAAUGGCCCUAUGAAUGUGAGGAAUGUGGGAAGAGCUUCAGUUACAGAUCCACCCUUGUGACCCACAAAUGCAUCCACACUGGGGAGAGGCCCUGCGAGUGUCCAGAGUGCCAGAAGAGCUUUCGGACAAGCUCCGAUCUCCUCAGUCACCAGCUCAUUCACACUGGGGAGAGGCCGUUCUGCUGCCCUGACUGUGGGAAGGGCUUCAAGCGCAACUCCCACCUCAUUAUCCACCAGCGCAUCCACACUGGGGAGAGGCCCUACGAGUGCAACACAUGUGGGAAGAGGUUUCAGAGCAGCUCAAAUCUCCGUGUGCAUGAGCGGAUUCACACAGAGGAGAGACCCUUCUGCUGCCUUGACUGUGGGAAGGGCUUCAAGCCCAACUUCACCCUCAUCACCCACCGGCUCAUCCACACUGGGGAGUGGCCCUACGAGUGUCCCCAGUGUGGGAAGAGCUUCACCACCAGCUCUCACUUGACCAGACACCAACGGAGCCACCAAUAA